GGAGAGGGGGUGGGGGUGGGCGGGUCGGGUGGUGGGGUGGGGGGUUUGGUGGGGACUGGGGUGGGCGGGGUUAGGGUUUGGGUGGCGGGUGGGUCCUCGUGCCCCGGGCCACCUGGGUCGGUCUGGGCGCGCAGGGGGUGUCAGUAGCUGCUCCCUCUUGUUCUCCGGGUUCGCGUCGUUCACGGUGGCCCCGGUGGCUCUCUGGGGGUGCCGCCCUGUGGCUCCUACGGCCCGGGGGGAGGGAUGCCCUGUUGACUUGGCCCUGCCUUGCCGUGACUGCUGUUCUGGGCUUCGGGGUUCUUCACACUUGCAUGUUUGAUCAGGUCUUGCCAGCUACUGCCGAGUCCCAUUUCAGCGAUUGAUGGGUCCCGCCAGAAUGUGCUGAGAAUUUCUCCAGUCUCUACCCUAAACUCAUUCUCUCUCGCACUAGUAUCCUUUUCUGGCCUAUUCUAUUCUAUUCUAUACUAUCAAGACACCCACAAUUAUGGUGCUCAGUACCAUUUGUUCAUUUAUUAUUGAAUGUCUUUUUCUUUUGUGUUGGUUUGGUUUUCUUUUCUUUUUUCAAAUUUUUAUUUAUUUUUUAUUUUUUUAUUGAUGGGCAAUUAGUAGUUGGGCAUAACACACCACCUUACAAUCUUUAAUUGCAAUAGCAACGCCUGUUAUUUUCUAUCCCUGUUCAUCCUGUUCGUCCUGUUCGUCCUGUCCAGUCUUUGUUUCCCCCACACAUCACUGAGGUGUAGCACUGCCCUCCCUGGCUCAUAAUAGGGAAUUCUAAUAAAGAAUAUCUGCUUAGCUUUCAGGGAGGGCCGGUGAUGGUCACACACAUGCACUAAAUAUUAAAAUAUUUGGCUGCAAGACUAAAAUAUGCAUCAAUCUCAUAUAAUGUUGACUCCCCUUUUGUGGAGUUAAACAAUGAGAACAAAUGCAGACAAAAAAAAAAAAAAAAAAAAAAAAAAAGAUAAUGUGUGGCAGUUAAUUUGCAGCUAAAUGACAUUGUUGACCUGAUUUGUUCUCAGCAAAUUUCCAAGGCUCAGGUCGCUUAUCUGGAUGCACUCAUCCAAGAAUAUUUGGAAACCAGGAAGGCGCUAUUUCCAGAUAUCAGUUUGAGAUCUAAACACCAUUACCUGCUGCAUUAUCCAGGACUGAUCCUGAAAUUUGGCUCACUUAUCAGGCUAUGGACUAUGCAUUUUGAGAGCCAACAUAGCUACUUCAAAAGACAUAGAAGGCAUCUGAAAAAUUUCAAAAAUCUGUGCAUGACUCUUUCAGAGAGGCAUCAGAUGUCUCAGGCCUUUCUUUCUGCUGGGUCAGUGAGUCCUCCAGCCUUGCAAAUAAAAGGUGAGUAACUUCCUCACUAUUUUAGGUGUCUCACCUUUUUACUCAGAGCUUUACAGUGGGGAAGUUAAAGGCACAAUCCUACAUUUUGGCUUCACUGAAAGAAAUACAAACAUCCCUGUUGAUGUGAAGUAUAAUGGGAUAAUUUACAGGAGGGGCCAUCUUGUCGUCACAACGAAUGUUGAUUCAGUGGAGUUUGGUGAAAUCAUCCUCCUUCUUGUGAUUUGCACUUCAUUUUCCAAUGAGGGUGCAUGAUGGGGAAUUUCUUUCACACUACCACAUGUACAGUGUAAAUAGGACACUGGAAGAUUAGAAUGCAGACUUGUUAGUGACCUGAUUGACAUGUGGCCUUUAUAUUACAUUAAAAAAAAUGGAUACCAGAUUGCCCCAUUGAAGCACAGUCUCUUGUCACACUAAAUGCUUUUAUUGCAAUGGACCAGAUACUAAACUCCCUUUGUUUGUGUCUUAACAGAUAUGGAUGCAUCACAGAUACCAAAGAAGCAAAGCAAUGCUGUGGCAGUAGUACUUCUGGAUAUUCCUGAUCAAGUCGAUAAGUCAGUAGAAGAGACUUUAAAGGUAUUUGGUGCAGCAACAACAGAUGAUUUACAGUACACUACGGAAGGAGAUUUGCUGCCAGUAUUAAAGCCCAGACAAGCCAGAAGACUAGUUGCUGCCUGGGCCCAAAGCGGUGGGGGUAAAACACACACCACCACAUCACAGCACACUUCCCUUAUAGAGCUGCAUAAAUAAUUUAAAAUAGUGAAAAUUUCAGUUUAGCUGAAUGGAAUAUUCAAAUCACAAAUAACUGUGAUGAUGACUCUAAAUCUUGAUCUCCAAAUGAAACAUGUAGCAAAAAAUGCUACAUCAUCAUUACUUUUAAGCAUAUUUUCAGUAUAUAUUAAAAUUGUGAUGCGAAAAAGAACAAUUCUAGCAAUUUUGAUAAUACCGUGCAGCCCUACUAUCUAGAAUAGUGGAACUGUGAACUGUGGGCUGGGGCCCACUGGUGGGCCAGAGAUGUUACAAAUUGUCCUCCAAAUCAUUUGCAAAUGAAAAUACUGAAUACUGUCAUACUGAAAUUUCUGCAACAUGUUUCAGAUGCAGGGCUGCACUUUCGCCUUGGAGCGAGAAGAUCUCUGGUUCGCAUCCCGGCUUUCCUGGGAUCUUUCUGCAUGGAGUUUGCAUGUUCUUCCUGUGCAGGCAUGGAUUUUCUCCAGCUUCCUCCCACAGUCCAAAAAUGUGCUGAGGUUAACUGAUUAUUCUAAACUGCCCAUAGGUGUGAAUGCGAAUGUGAUUGUUUGUCUGUAUAUGUAGCCCUGUGAUGGACUGGCAACCUGUGUGUCCCCUGCCUUCGCCCCAAGUCAGCUGGGAUAAGCUCCAGCCCCCCCGCGACCCUAAUGUGGAUUAAGCGGUGUAUAGAUAAUGGAUGGAUGUUUCAGAUGCUGGUAGAGCUUUGCACUUAAAUUAUCAUCAAGGAGUACAAAGACAUUUACCACAUUUAUUGAAAUUUUAUUACUUUUUUUUUUACAAACUAUUGCAACUUUUUCUUUGAAAUUUAAAAAAUGCAAAAAAUACAAGUUUUAGAAAAAAAUAUUUUGUAAAACUUGAACAUUUCAUUUAAAAAUUAAUUUUAAGAAGUCAUUUUAAAAAGUAGUAAAAUUUCCAGGAAAAAAAAUAUAAAAUUCUUAGAAAAAGUCACACUAUUUUUGCAAAAAAGAAAAGUCAUAACGUCAAAUUGUAUUGGGUCAGAUGUUGUCCACAACAAUUUGUAAGAUUUUCCAGUGGGCCAUGAGUUGGAAAAAGGUGGGAACCACUGAUCUAGAAACGUAUCAAUAAGCUUCAUUAUGUUACAGAGUAGAAAAACAUUCAAGGUUUAAUGUUUUCAAAUCUCUUUUGUUGUACUUUUACAGACACAACCCCUCCAACUUCCUCUCUAGUCUCUCUCCUUUACUCUCCCUCUCCAUCCUAAGUCACCCCCUCAUCAACAUCAUCCACAGCUACAUCAUCACCCUCAGAAAGCUGUUAUGCACUUAUGCCAAACUGGGUAGACAGUUUUCAGGUACCAUGGCAGAAACUCCCUGAAGAGGUGGUACAGAGUUUGGAAAGACAGAAAAGCCCAAGUGUAUGACUACAUCGAGAAAUAGUAAGGAUUGUGGUCUCUGAGAUGAUGAAGAUUUGCAAGAAUCCAACCAAACACAACACCACAGAGAUAGCAAAAAGGAUGGUCACCAGGUAUCCAAAGUCUCUUCAAGGUGUGAUUGAUGCUGAUGUUAUUGGACUUGAAAUCAUUCCCUGAUAAAGCAGUUCUAGUCAAGAGUCGAAAAUGUUAAACGACCUGACACACGAAAGAUAAAAAAAACGCAAAGUAGCAUCAGAUGAUGACACCGAUGAAAUAUCUGCCGAACAAAGAUCACGCGUUCAAGACACGUAUGGCUGAGUCAACUGGGAGCCGAAAUAUUUGCUACUUUCUGAGACUGUGGAGAGUCAGCUAGAAAAAAAAAGAACAAAUGGAAAUUUUUGAAGAGAUUAACUACAAUUUAGAUGGUGUCAAAGAAUUAAUCAAGUCCACCUAUUUCACGCAGCAUAAAGCAAUCAACAAAGGUGCAUGCAUCCAGAAAUUAUGCCAGGAAAGACCAUUUUUGUUUAAGGAAGUCGGUAUGGCAGUACACUUCCAGGAACUAACUGGCAUAAGUUUGACUGAGUUCUUCCUUACCAAUGUGGACAAAAGGGGGGCAUGUCUCUUAAACUUCUUCAGAUGUGUUGAUGCACAUAAACGUAAACAAGUUCUGGAUGCUCUUCUCAAGCAGCAAACUGAAAGAGGGCAGUCCACUGGUUGCUCAGAAGAAGUCAUACAGAUGGUACUCCUUUUACUGGCCUAUUCUGAUGAGAAGGAAGAGCAUGUAUUCCAUUUCAUUGGGAAGACAAGCCUUGCUGAGAAGGUUCAGAUGGAGAAGGUGCCACCAACACCAUGCCUUAUUGUGCGUGGGAAGUAAACUGAACCAAACCUGCAACCUUUCUCUUCCACGGCACCAACACCCACUUGUACUCUUGGCUUGUUUACUGUCAUAUUUUCUUGCAGCCCACUUUGAGACACUGGUUAACUUCUCGCCUGAUAACUGGUUCAGCCAACAGUAGAUUGUGUGACUCUCAUCGUAUAUUGAAAUAAGUACGAUGGAUUUCUAUUUAUAGCUGAUAUUGAAGCUUUUGUCAUUAAAGUUUAUUUUUAAACUUAUUUUAUUUGUUCUUAGGAUCCUCAUGCUUUCCCGCUGAGACAUUUAUGUUGAGCGUCGACCAAGAGGUUGUUAAGAACAACAUCACCUUUCCUCACAUCUGGCCUCUGCCUGAUGUUUGGCACUUACUACUGCUUCAACAUACACUACCCAGUGGAACUACAGUCAACAUUGGAGUUCCUCCAGUGGUGUUUCUUUUCAAUAAAUCCUGAGAAAGGCUCCAAAGUUGAGUGGAGGAAGAAGAAAAAAGUGUUCUCAGUCAAUCCCAGGGUCCUCACUCUCAUCUCAGACCUUGCUGACCAUGAGUGGACCUACUAGUGACUAGCCACUAGGACUAGUGGCAGUGUUCUCCCCUCCUCCGGCCCUGCUCUCUCUCUCUCCUACGUGUGCGUUGGCACAGAGGCUUGGCAGCAGGUGUUGACAAUCAGUAAUCAGUGAAUCCAAGCAGGUGGGAGUGAUUCAAUCAGCCAUAGUGGGGCAGGUUAUCUCAAUAUUCGUAAGAAUCUUUCACUUGGUGAUACAAGCACCAAAAUUGGCACAAAUGACGUCCAGGACAUACAUUUCAAGAAAAGUACGUUAGCCAUCAGAAAAUUCGAGAUGGCUGCCAGUUUUCAAGAUGGCUGCUGAAGCAAACCUGACAAAUUGCAAUUUUUGAAGUGGAACUCCAAUUAACAAUUUCUUUAUGGUAAAAAAAUAAAAUGAAUGUAUUCUCAUAUGGUAAAGCCAAUGAUGCCUUGCAAAUGUCAAUAUGGCCACCAUUUUUCAAAAUGGCGACUUAUUGAUGACUGUAUAUAGUGCUGUUUUCAACUGGCCACCAUUUUUCAAAAUGGCGACUUAUUGAUGACUGUAUAUAGUGCUGUUUUCAACUUAAACCUUGCAUGUUUCUAAGCUCUGUGGUAACAAAGUAACAAAGUUUACAUGUCCAUUGCUAAUUAUUUGUCACACUACUGUAGUUUAAUAUUAAAGCUUUUGGCUUGUGAUACCUUAAGAGAGUGAUGUCAAAGCACAACCAGGGCACACUGGUGACAUUACUGCUGUGGGGUUCAGCGUCGGCUUGUAGUGUACUAACUGUAGUUGUAGUUACUAACUGUUGUAGUGGUAAACUAACUUUAGACAGUAGUAUCUAUAAGUGUCCCAAAUGCUAUCUAAUUAGCCCCUUAUGCAUCUCAACUAGAAGUGUAGUUAGUUGAAGUGUAGUUGUUAGAUAGCCGCGCCUGAAUUGACAGGGUGUGCCAGCGUGGGAGAGCCGAGCCAAGGGUAACGGGGCUUUAGUUACCCGGAAGGCGUACAGAUCGCACGGGAUAUAAACGGCGUUGGAUGAACGAUCGGGCUAGGUGUAGGGCAACAAAGGCCUGGACCUAGUCGUAUCCCAUACUUCAAUGUGCUUUGAUGUUUUGUACAGUUAGGUGGUAAAAGGAUAGCCCCUCGGCCUUCAACUGUAUACGCAAAAUGUCUGCGAACAACCCAUUGAGCAGUGGAGCCAAGACUGACUGGGGGAAGUGUUGCCUCUGUCAGACAGACACGAGAGAGAAGUUGAAGUCUCCUCCUACACGAUAUGAGUCUAGUUCUGAUGGCUAUUCCAUGCUAGCCACGAACAUACCACAAUUUCAGUCCAGCUUUCUCAGAGACAGUGACAAUAAGACAGAACUGUUUGAGUAUGUAGCAGACAAGAUUGUAUCCAUGUGUCCCGACAAUGUCGUAGUUGUGACCAAAGGAGAGAAGGUCUUGUCAAACAAAUCCAUCAACUUUGAAGGCCUACAACCUUGCAAUCAUGAAGAAGCUGACUCCAGGAUUUUCACACACGCAGUUCAUGCAGCCAAACAGAAGACAAAGUCUGUGUUGAUCAAGGCAUGCGACACAGAUAUCCUUGUCAUAGCAGUUGGUCUCUUUGCGAGUCUUCAGAAUGUUGGCUUAGAAAUGCUUUGGGUAGAAUUCGGCCAGGGACAGUCCAUUAGAUGGUUCCCAAUUCACAACUUGGGGAUGAACCUCGGCCAAGAGAAAUGUAGUGGCAUGCUCAUCUUUCAUGCCUUCACUGGCUGUGACGUGGUCUCGGCCUUUCGAGGUAGAGGGAAGACAACUGCAUGGCAAACAUGGGCACUUUGUCCUGAAGUGGGCCCAGUGUUCAGCAACCUGAGUCAGUACCCACCUACCAUAGAAGAUGCUGAUCUCAACAUUCUCGAGAAAUUUGUUGUCACUAUGUAUGACAAACACAGCAACACUACCAAGGUUGAUGAGGCGAGACUGCACUUGUUUGCUCGGAAGCAAAGACCCUAUGACUCCAUUCCUCCAACUAGUGCAUCUCUCGUUCAGCAUGUUAAACGAUCUGCAUUCCAAGCUGCUUGCAUAUGGGGCCAAUCAACAGAAUGUACAAUGCAACCUGAAAGUCCUGGCAACUGGGGCUGGCAAAAAAAAGGUGAAGCCUGGGAAGUUCUUUGGUCAACCCUCCCACCCAUUGCUCAGUCCUGCCAGCAGCUGACAAAAUGUCGUUGCACGGGUGAAUGUCGGUGACCAUGCAAAUGUUAUCGCUACACCCUGAAGUGCACACAACUGUGUAGCUGUAAAUGCAAAGAGUAAAACAAUGAUCCAGGCUAAAUUCAAACAAGUCACUUCAGUCUGCUGUAGUACCUAUAUUGUGCUUCUGUCACAACAAAUUGAGAUACCACAUCGGUAACUUCACUGAGACAGUGCUAGUUCAUAUAAUUGUCAUCAUAUCACUAUAACGCUUAAUGAUAUUGAAAUUUUGAUUGCAGAAUUCGAUUCCUCGUGUCAAAAAACAUAUAUUUUGAUGUACAGAUCAUGAAAAUGUCAUUACUUUGACAAUAUUUAGUGCAAAUACUGUUUCGUACUGGAACGAAUGGCGGCCAUCUUGAAAAAUGGCGGCCAUUUUGUUUUUGAAGUUGGCUAACGUGCUUUUCUGAGAGAGGAGGUUCUGAAGCACCUGUGUGCCAAUUUUGGUGCUUGUAUCACCAAGUGAAAGAUUGUUUCAGCAAUCUGCCCCACUACCACUCCAGCUCUCCUAUAUAACCAGACGCCACUCUACAUUCGGAGCUGGACUGCGAAAGACCAACAGUUAGUGCUUUGCACUGUUCAGUCUGUGCCUUUUGUUCCUUGUACUUUUAGUAAUCCUGUUUCCUUUGUUUAGAGUUAAUUUCCGCCUGCUUUAACCACCUGGAUCAUCUGCAUUCACUUUUGACUGGCUUCUGGAUCGUCAAUCCCCUGGUUUCCCUCUGGCUUCCUCUGGUUCACUGCUUCCAGCAUCCGUUUUCCCUAAACCCUCCCGGAGACGUGUUAAAGACAUGUUCAAAUAUGUUCCCUGGGUAGGGAUAGCAGAGGGUAAAUGAAAAAAAGGCUCGUUGUACCAAAUGAAACCUCCAAUGUUGGGAAAUUCAAUUUGAGAAGGAAACUUAAAAAAAAAACAAACCCGCAACAGGCAAAGCAUGACAUAAGACAAGGAUAGUUGGGAUAAGGAUGUGGGGUGAUGGAGGGGGGAGCACUGCACAGUUAGUCAGUUCCUGUGCAGCAAUUUCUGCGCACGGAUUCCUGACCCCUUUGCAUAGCGAGGGAAGCUUGUGGAGGCGGGGGGGAGGGGCGUAUUGGCAUGUCUGUGCGAAUGUUUAGCUCAGUUCUCAGUUCAUGAGUCCGAAUGUUUGUGUAUGCGUGUAGCCCAUCUAUUUCCAUCUCAGACCCCCGGUGUCUCAGUUCGCGAGGGUGGGAGCGCGAUAACACAGCAAGUUGCUAUGGAGACGUCCUCGGUUGGCCCGGUCCAAAAGUCAACAGGGGUCCUUAGGAAAGUGGCGGGGAGGGUUUAGGAGAGCUAUCUCUUGGCCAUGAAACUUCCAGAGGAGUUUGUUAAUGUUCCAGGGGCGCCAGAAUGUAAUCAGUUUCCUUCAUGUUUAGGUGGGAGAGGAGCAAUUUCACCUUUCCCCUACUGCUCUCAACAAUUUUAGACCCCAGCUGUAGCGAUUCUCACCCUGAUGGCUUCCACUUUGCGACUCACGUCAACAGUCACACCAAGCAAAUUGUUCAUCUUAUGAUUGAGUUCGUCAUACCGAGCCUCAGCAGCCGUGAUCCGAUCGUUUGCAUAGACCAGCAGUGUUUGGACAUCAUUUCUAUCUGCGGUCUUCCUGAUUUUCCAGAAGCUCAGGCCAGUGAACAAGCCAAUUAUCAGCAGGUCUGUCAUCAUAAAUCCAAAUAUAUAAACAUCUUCCACAUCUUCCAUGGAUAGAGGUGCCAGGCACAUGAUCCCCUUCCACUUCCCCCAGGCGUCGAUCACGUAACCAGAGGCGAAACUCCCAAUUAAGUUUCCGAUUCUGAGCAAUACCAGACUUAUUGUUAUUCUGUUUUGGGUUACUUAUUCUGUUUAGUCGUGUUUAGAAUCCUGUUAAUAUUUCUGAUUUCUUCUAUUGAAGUUUUGGAUUAGUAAUCCUUCUGUUCUGGUAUCGUUGUUAAGUCUCGGGUAGUUUCCUGUAGGAUUACUGUAGUCGGGGAUUUGGUAAAUUAACACUUUAGUCUCUUAUUUUCCGUUGCAUUCCUGUCUUGAUGUUACCAAUCACGGGUUUGUGUUUUUGUAUUUAUUCCAUCUAGCAGAACUUCCUGUAUUCUUAUCUGAAAUCUGGGGUUUAGUUGUAGUUUGGUUUCUUUCUUGUUUUAUAAUAGUUGUGUAAUUAAUCCGCCUGACCACUAGUAAGUCUAGUCUCUGUUCCGUUUAGUGGAACUUCCUGUACUGUCGGUUCCAUUUCCUGAUUUCCGGUGUUCAGUUGUAGUUCUUAUUUCUUGUCUUUGUAAAUAAAAGCAUUC